GACCACUCUUGAUCGUGUGGAGUCGGACCAUAAUCCGAUCCGUCUACAGUGGGGUUCAAUUGAACGGUUCAGCCAUCCCUGGCGGUUUGAAAACAUGUGGUUGCAAGAAGAAUCUUUUUUGCAGAACUUGGUGGGGUGGUGGAGCAUCCCAGUCAAUGGGACUAGCUAUUUGUUCAGAUUCGGACAAAAAAGCAGGCAAACCAAACUAAUGAUCAAGCAAUGGAACCGAGACCAUUUUGGGAAAGUUGAGAGGCGUAUCGCGGAUAUUCUGUUGAGGAUUAAAAUUAUUGAUGAUGCUGAAGAAUCUGAACAGCUUAAUCCGUUGUUAUUGUCUGAAAGAGCUAUUCUCAAAUGCGAGCUUGAGAAGGUCUUAAUCAUGGAAGAGAUCUUCUGGAGACAACGUUCGAGAGAAAUAUGGCUAAAGGUGGGAGAUAAGAAUACUGGAUUCUUCAAUAUAAUUGCUAAAGUAAAUAAGAGGAAAAGCAGAAUUAAGAGGUUGGUGAUUGAGGGCAGGGUAUCGGAUGAUGUGAAUGAGAUCAAAAUCGCUUUCCAUAACCACUUCUCUGCCAAGUUUGUAGAAGGGGAAGAGGAUAGACCUUUUCCAGCCAGGUACAGGGACUGUUUGCUCACUCCUGUGGAUAAUGAAGACUUGGUGAAACCAUUUUCGGAGUUGGAAGUCUGGCAAGCAAUUAGGCAGAGUAACGGGAGUAAAGCUUCGGGGCCGGAUGGUUACUCGUUUGAGUUCUACAAGAAAGCUUGGGAUAUCAUUAAAUGCGAUUUACUGAAGGCAUUCGAUGAUUUUUUCCUGGCUGGCACCCUUCCGCAAUCGACAGCUCAUGCCUUCAUUUGUUUAUUGCCCAAAAGGGAUCCCUUCGAGACGGUAUCUGAUUUCCGCCCGAUUAGCCUACUUGGAAGUCUAAAUAAGGUCAUUACAAAGGUUUUAUUCAACCGCCUUCUGCCUCAUAUGAACACACUAAUUUCUGACUACCAGUUCACAGGAAAAAGAGGCAGAGUGAUCCAUGAAUCUUGUUUGAUUGCCAACGAAGUGAUUGAUAGCCGUAGAAGAAGUGGAAAACCGGGGGCUGUUAUCAAACUAGACAUCGAAAAGGCCUUCGAUUCUAUCAGCUGGAAGAGCAUAUUGAAAUCAUUAACUCAUUUGGGUUUGCACUCGAGGUUCCGGAAAUGGCUGGAAGGACUACUGUCAUCCUCAAGGCUCUCAAUCCUUGUCAAUGGUGAAUCUACCGGUUUCUUUGGAAUGACUCGUGGUGUCAAACAAGGGGACCCUCUCUCGCCCUUCUUAUUUAACAUCGGCAUGGACAUAUUAUCUUUUAUUCUCUGUGAAAUAAGGAAAGAAGGGCUCAUCACGGGUUUCUAUAUCAAUGAAGAGAGUCGUAUUGGAGAGGUUACACAUCUACUAUAUGCAGAUGAUGCUAUAUUAUUCUGUGAAGCAAAUGAAGCCGAGGUCCGCAACUUACUGGCUGCCCUGAUAUGUUUCCAAGCAAUAACUGGCCUACAAAUAAAUCUUGAGAAGUCGAGAAUUUUCCCGGUGGGGGAGGUUGCUAAUAUUGAAAGAUUGGUCGAAAUCUUCUGCUGUGAUUGGGCUUUCUUGCCAACUACUUAUCUUGGGCUGCCUCUCGGGUGUCAAUCUCCACCCACUGCACACUGGAACAACAUUGUGGCUAAAACUCAGUCAAGACUAGAGGGAUGGAAAGGGAAAUUUCUAUCGCCGGGAGGGAGAAUUGUACUUAUCAACGCAGUGCUUGCAAGCCAGAGUAACUACAUAAGCUCGUUGUUCCUAAUCCCCAAGAACAUCAUCAACUCUUUGGAGAAAAUUGAAAGGGAUUUCCUUUGGUCUGGUACACGAGAAAGGGAGAAGCUACAUCUUGUGUCCUGGGAACUUUGUAAAACGGCCAAGAACAGGGGAGGUUUGGGUAUUCGUGAUUUGGAGAUAAAUAACCGAGCUCUCCUACUCAAAUGGCACUGGAGAUUUGCGACUGAAAGAGGAUCUUGGUGGAGGGAGAUGAUUGUUGCCAAAUUCCCUAAUCAACAGUCUGAAUGGUUCUCGGGCAGGUCAUCGGGCAGCCUUGGAGGCAGUCUAUGGGCCAGGAUUGUCAAGCUGCAGCCUGAUUUCUGGAAACUUACUCGAAUAGAGCAUAGUCAAGGGUUUUGGACUUCGUUCUAGUUUGAUACCUGGAUCGAGGGCAUCCGACUGGCUGAAGAAUUCCCGAGAGUUGUAGCUGCUGCCGAAUCCCCGAACUCCACCGUUGCGGAAUACCUUUCCUUUUCUGAGAGAAACUGUCAAUGGGAUAUUCCAUUGACUCAUUCACUUCGGGGUGGGGCUGAAAGAGAGAGGGUGAGGUUAUUUGAAACACUUAACUCUAUUCCAUAUCAAAACUUUUUUGCAGGACCUGAAAGACCAAGGUUGCUCCCGUCCCCUACAGCUGGUUUUAGCGUUCAUUCGGCAUAUGAUCACUUAGCUGCGGAAAGAUAUCUGGGAAUCUCGGAGUUUCCUUCAAAGGUGAUUUGGCUUAGCAUCAUACUGAGUAAGAUUUGCAUCUUCCUAUGGCUGGUCUUCCACAAGCGAAUCCUCACCAUUGACAACUUGAAGAAGAAAGGCUUUUACAUCCCGAAUCGGUGUGUCCUUUGCAAGAAGGAAGAAGAGUCCCCGAAUCACAUCUUCAUCACUUGCACUUUCUCAAAUCAGGUUUGGGGCAGGCUAAAAUGCUUUGUUAAAUUGGAAGGAAGUGCUGUAGUGAGUCUGGAUAUUUCAGAAAGAAUCAGACUUUGGUCGCGUUCGAAUCCGAUAAAUCCAGCUCAGUGGUGUUCAAGAGUAGUCCUACAUGCUUUCUGCUGGUGUGUUUGGCUGGAAAGAAACAAUAGGAUAUUCA